ACCGAAAUCUCUUCUUGUCUACCAUUAUCAAUGGCACAACUCCGUCCGCGCAUACUGGCGCGAGGAGCCCAAUCGGGCGCAAUCCGCAGCUUCACCCUCUCGCAGCGUCUCCACUCCCCAGAUGCCGCCGCAGUAGCAUCGUCAUUUCUAUCGCGCUUUCAAUCCCUAGGACCUCAGACACGGACACAAACGAUAGAUGCCAAUCAGCUCCAGCUUCUCUCACUCACUCUCAAUCGCCCAACUCUCUUCCCUGGUUCCCCAUCUCUAUCCAAUGGCGCCUCCGCCCCGCAAUCCGAGACACCCGUGCCACCGGGCUACCACCUCGCGUAUUUCACACCUGCAUUUAUGGAGAGUGAACUAGGUGCCGAUGGAACUGAUGCGUCGUAUAAUCCUGACGUGCCGUUUACGCGACGUAUGUGGGCGGGCGGCGAGGUGCUCUGGCCUCGUGGUGCUGAUGGGAAACCCAAUCUGCUGCGGGUGGGACAGCAAGUGAAAGAGACAACACGGGUGCUUAAUGCUGAGUCUAAGGUUGUUAAAAAGACUGGUGAGGACAUGAUCGUCGUUGGGGUUGAAAAGGAAUUCUCGAAUGAGCAUGGCGUGUCAAUCAUUGACCGAAGGAAUUGGGUAUUCCGUAGAGCUCUUCCCAUUCCGACAGAGACAAAGCCCUCUAGUGCUCCCUCGACAGACUCACAUCUGUCAACCGUGAAUCCUACUUCGAAUGCUAUCUGUAAUGAGGGUAAUACUCGUUCGCGAACAUUGAUUCAGACGGCCGUGACACUUUUCCGUUUCUCUGCAUUAACCUUUAAUCCGCAUAAGAUCCACUAUUCUUUACCUUGGGCUCGAGACGUCGAGGGGCAUAGGGAUAUUGUUGUGCAUGGUCCGUUGAAUUUGAUUUCGAUUUUGGAUCUUUGGCGAGAUACUCGCAGUUCAGAGGUCGCAGAUCCAACACUGGUCGUUCCUGAGCGCAUCGCUUACCGGGCUACCAGUCCGUUAUAUGCUGGAGAUGAGUAUCGCAUUGUUCUCGAAGAGGGCGAGGUGGCUAAGGUGCAAAUAAUUGCACCUGGAGAAGUUAUUGCAAUGAAGGCUGAAAUUCAAUAA